AUGAAGGUUUUCUGUGGUUUAGCUCUCUUCGUCGCAGUGGCAUCAGCUUUUGAUGGUUUCCAGGGAUUCCAGAUUCCACCAAAUAUACAGAAUGCUGCCAACCAGUUCACCAAUCAAAACCCCCAGUUCUCCAACCAAAUUCAGAAUGGUGUAAACCAGUUUAUCAACAGAAAUCCAGAUUUUGUGAACAAUUUCGUCAACCGAAUUCCAGCAACUGUUAACCGAUUCUCCAAUCAGAUUCAAGCUUUCGCCAACCAGAUUCCAGACGCGACCAAUAGAUUUGUUUCAAACGUUAACCAGUUUGCUCAACCGAUUGUUAAUGGUGUGAACCAAUUUGCCCAAAAUGUUGCCCAGAAACCGAUCACAGCUUCUCAAGUUACUCAAGGAAUCAACCGAUUCGUGGGGAACAUCAACGAUCGAUUUGGACAAAACACUCAGCUCAAUAACGGCAUCAACAAAUUUGUCAGCUCCUUCACCCAACGACCAAACUUCGCCCAGAACGUCGCUACUGGUAUCAACCAAUUCGCCCAGAAUGUGGCCACCAAUCCAUUGUCACUGGAUAGAUUCACCAAUGGGGUUAACCGAUUUGCAAACCAGUUUACCAAUGGCUUCAGUCAAUUCGCUAACCGAUUCAACACAAACGGUGGAUACACAAAUUACCAAUAA